AAUUUUGAGAGGUUUGUUUGCUUUGAGAUUAGUGUUAAAUCAGGUGGCCCAAGUUCAGAUGAAGGAAGGAGGUCUCUCUCUCCAUAGGACUAGUCUGAACUAGAGGGGAUUAACUAGGGUUUAAUCAACCGCGUCGAGGACCAUGGCGGCCGCAGCGGAGGUGGAUGCGGAGGCGAGGAGCAUCCUCGAACGCGCAGCGGCGUCCUCCUUCCCACCGCUCCACGCCAUCCACCACCUCCUCUCCGUCGGGGUCUGUGUGCGGUGCAUCUUUCGGUUCUUUGGAGCCUUUAGUUAUGCAGCACCAUGCCUUUCUCUUACGGCAUCAGUUCUGCAUUCGUUUCUUGAAGAGCAUGACGAUUCCGCAAAAAGUGGGUCUUGUUCAUGUUUGUCAAAAGAUGAGGCGUACUGCUCUAUUUGCUUUGGAGUGUUACUGCCCACCUGCUAUCAAGAUGAUGGUGUAGAACCACUCCGUAGUGUUUCUCCUAUCGAUAAUGUUACUUCAAUUAUAUCUGAAGCAGUCCAGAGAGAGGGUCACCAAGUCGAUGAGUUCUCCCUAGAAAUUUCACUGCCUGCAGUUAUAGCAGCUAAUGAUCGUGCCAUUAGGUUAUAUAUGAAAGAGAAAUAUGGCAGUGCAAAUUGGUUCGAUGAAAAAAUAUUUUCUCAACAGACAAUGUCAGUGAAGGAGGCCUUGAGAAUAUUGCUAGUACCGUCAGUAGAAAAACAAAUGAAUGUGAAACAUGGUAAUAAUUCAUUUCGAAUUCGCUUAACUUAUACUCAUGAUGAAGGUUCACAAAAGCUUCUAAGGCUUCUGCCAAAUGACCGUGGUCGUAAAAGAAAAACAGAAUCAAGAGAUGGAAGCAGUAAAAGGGGCUCAACAGAUGAUGAUAAACAAAUAUUAAGUGAAUCAGAUGCAUUCAUCAACAAGAACCUUGAAGGCAUUCAAGAUCAAGACUUCCGUAGUUUAUUUCAAUUGCCACCUGAAAAGGUGUUAGAACCCUGCCAUCUUGUGAUAUCUUGCCAACGGUCACCCAUAUAUAUUGGUGGAAGAUACUUGAAGCUUUCAAGGAAUGUCAGCCAGUCAUGUUGGAUAAUUGAUGAUGAGAGAAUGGGGGAAGCAUCAGUUGAGGAGAUAAUUGGGGAGAAUGUCCGUGCCAUCUGCAAAGGUGAUGGCUAUAAGUUCCAUGCUGCUGGAAGAGAAGAUAUUGAUGUUCGGAUGCUUGGAUCUGGUCGUCCAUUCUUAGUUGAAGUCUUGAAUGUGCGAUCUAUUCCAUCUGCUACUGAAGUUCAACAAAUAGCAGAUAAGAUUAAUGACUCUGAAAAGAAACAUGUCAGGGUUAGAAAUCUCAAGCUGGUAGGCAGUGAAAUAUGGACAAUGAUGCGGGAAGGAGAAGCAGAGAAGCAGAAGCAGUAUGCUGCCCUCAUAUGGACGUCUCGCCCUCUGACGGAUGAUGACCUACAUAAUAUUUCUCUUAUCAAAGAUAUGGAAAUUGUACAAAAGACGCCAAUAAGAGUCUUACAUCGUAGAAGUCCAUUAGAGAGAAAACGGAUUAUACACUGGAUGGAGAUUGAAAAAAUUUCUGGCGGGUCAAACUAUUACCUGUUGCAUCUAUGCACUCAAUUUGCUCCCUCCGGUUUAAUCAACCUUGGUGUCCAUACAGGCUGGGACAUACAUAAAGGAGUUUGUGCACGGAGAUCUUGGACGCACACACCCAAGUGUUGGCGUCAUGUUAAGCUGCAGAGCUGAGAUACUGCAACUCGAUGUCACUGACGUUAAGAUGGACUUCCUGCAGUAAUAUGCUAUUGUCAUAUUGUAUCAUGCUCAGUUCGUAUCAUUGGUUAUUGGUGUUGUACACUAUCUGUACUGAUGAAAUGCGCAGCCUGCAGAAGACCACAAGGCAAGUUCAGAAAAUAUGUCAUUUUACUAUAGUAUAACCUUCUGAUGAGAGGCUAUUUGAGAAAUUGAGCUCAGUCUGCUCCAAUGUCAACUUACAGCUAUGUAUUAUGAGCCACAGUUUUGCCAAAAAAAACAUCAUGCUUAUACUGGCUUAGGGCCUGUUUAGGAAGCUUAUAGCUGCUCCAAUGUUAACUUACAGCUAUAUAUUAUGAGCCACAGUUUUG